GGUAAAAGUAAAUUUAUUAUAUAUAAUAAUAUAAUCUAUUACUUAUUAAUUAAAAAUAAGCGGGUAAUAAGAAGUAUAUUAAUAUUAGAGGUUUAUAAUAUAGUUAACGGUAUUAACCUCUCUUACGCGAUUUUAAUAACGCUAAAAAAGAUUAUUAAUUAA